CUGUCACGCUGCAAGACUGACGUAAACAGGUGCACGGUUGACAUUUUCACAGUAAGUGUGGAUCACAAGUUAAGAAAAGCAGAUCUUUAAUACAAUAUGCUGAACUUUUGGUUAAAGUAGCAUAUCAGGCCAUACAAAUGUGUUAUUGGGGUGUAACAUGGUGAUAAAUGUGCUAUUUAUGUAUUUUGUUGUCCUCAUCACCAGUUCACUGUUAAAGAUUAAUAUGGGAUUUAUUUGAUACUAAAAACCAAACUAAACACUUCUUCAACUUUUUGUCUGCGUUUGACAGACUUAUAGACAUACUCAAUACAUCAGAUAUAAGAUACCAGCAAAACAUUGUAUUUAGACCUAGUACAAAGGAGAAAAGCAGAGGAAUUUACUUCAUGCGGCUGCAUUUAUUACAGUUCAAAUUCAUCACAAGCCUACAAUUUAUUUACCCAGAUUAACCCAUGUAUUGUUUGUGCCAAAUGCAAGGGUUCAGCCAAUGGGAACAGAUGACAAAUUUACCUCCCUGCAUGUUGCAAAUGCUUCAGAUGAAACACUGGAAGACCAGUUUUCUAUUUCAAGAUUACGCUGAGCAUGGAGACUCAACUGGAGCACGCUCGGCUUAGAAUGUGAUCAACAGAGCAGCGCGGAGUUGUAGUGACAGGCGAAAGCAGAUUUAUCAACAUAUUACAACAAUGGAUGUUUUGACUGAAGAUGUGGCCCGGUUGGAUAUGGACACUGAGAUGGCAGCGUUGACACCUGAUGAUUUUACUGAACAAAACCUCGAGGGCAGUGAUGAAGUGGAAAUCCUCAGAAACAGUUUACGCGAGGCCGUCCACGAUGACAAUGUCCGGCCCAAGAUGCAGUGUCUGAUGAUGGACUCUUCCUUCUCUAUGGUAACCAUGCAAGGGGAGGACAGUGGGAUUGCAUGGGAGACUACCCCUAGUCGCUGCACCACGCCUUGGGCAUCCGAAGCUGGAAACUUCACUGUGGAUCUCAGCUCUCCGGUUGCAGUGCGGCCUGCAACACCUGGGUCUGCUCCAGCAGGGAAGAUCACCUUUGUCAUGGACGAGGAGUUAAUUUCAAGACGGAAGAAAACUAAAGAGAGGGUAAAUCAGAAGAGCAAAGGUGACAGACUACGGGAAGUUGCAGAAAGUUCUGGGAACAUCUCCGGAAGGCCAGAGUUGGUAGAAUUCUCGCAGCCAAAUGUGAAAACCGAGGAAGGAGACGAAGAGGAGGCGAAUGAUCCUCUGGUAGAUAAAGAGCAAAAGCUAUUCAGGUUAGUGUCCGAGGGCUCUGAAAUCCUCAACAUUGUUGUUCCUCCAAAAUUCGCGUCUGUGGAUGAAGAGGAGAGCAAAGAAAUGGUGGAUAACCUUUCUUAUCUGGAGGAGAGCCUUCUUCCUAAAGCCAGUGAAGAGACUCAUGAUGAGCUGGUGUUCACAGGACCAGAUGCAGCGGGACGUGACCAGGUCAAGCCCUCAUCUUCCAUAAGUACAAACCUAAUGGAUCCACCAGGGGCUCCAGUGGCCAGACCUCUGGGCAGAGGAGCUACUGGCAAUGUGGACUACUUUGAGGCGUUCACCAUGGUUGAUGCUGAGGCUCCAGGAAGUCCUGCUGUAAUUACACAGGGACUUGGGGAGCAAGAAACAGAGACAGAAGCUGCCACUGAGAUCCAGGACACCGAGAAACCUGUGCAGUCUGUAGACAACACCACCACCACCUUAAAUUUGAAUGAUGACAAUUUAGACACAAUCAGCCUUGAGGAAAUCAACAGCAGUCUUCUAGAUGAAGUCUUCUACGGCAGUACAGACAACUCUGUCAUAAAAACUCUAGACAAAGAAGGCGGAUGUGAUGCGCCUUCAAGGCUCCCUUCAAAACCGAGCGGUUCCAAUUUAUUCGGAAGCCAAGAGGACAUCCUGACUCCUAUUUUUCUACCAGAAGGACCUCGCAAAAUUAUCGACCAAAUUUUGCUGGAGGAGCCCAAAGCCAUGGCUUUCCUGUACGAUGACUUGUACGAGGAAGCAAUAGGCAGUCGGAAAAAAGAAGAGGAUACAGAAAGUAUGACGUCCGAGAAGUCUUUUCACAGCAGGCAUUCGGACCGGGAGGCCAGGGGAUAUUUAGAGAAAUAUGUCCUUAUAGAUGAGACGCCUGCGGUGGAAGUGGAACCAACUGAUAAAGAGAAAUGCCCAGAGGAAGGUCCUCGGGUAUUGUCCCAAGAUUUGUAUGAGUUGGGCGAUUUGCUGUCCGAGCCUGAAAAAGGUGAGAUGCCAGAUACAGAGGAGGAAAUCACAGACUUCUUGAGGACCUGUGACAAUUCUUCUCCAUGUGAUAUAGACCCAUUCCCUCAAUCCCUCGAAGAGGAUGAAACCCAAUCAAUUACAAAAACUAAAGUCAAGACGGACAAAAAUGUCUCCAUCAAGGUAGAAAAGGUCGCUAAAAUCCCAGAAGAUCCACUUAGCGUCUCAAGCUUCGAGUUUCUCUCAGAGGAACUCGACUGGGGAACCGUAGAUGAUCGUAAAGCUCUGGACGACAAAGAGACAGUCACCACGGAUCAGGAACUGUGGAAAAAAGAUUUGGAAAUGCAAAGGCCGGUUGCCCCCCCAAGGAGAAAGGCCACAUCAUCUCCUAAGACAUGUCUGGACCUCACACCACUGACCCCAGUUGAUGACAUUAUGCAGGAAAAAGAAGAGGCUGGUGGAAAGGAACAGAGGGUGGAGGAGAAAGAGACCGCAUCACCAGCAGAGCCUGCCGACGAGGGAGAUGCAGAUGGAGAGGAAACAAUGCCAUCCUUCUCCGAUGUUGCUCUAUUCGAAAAUGCCCUGGCUGCAGUGGAGUCCCCACAAACUGAAAGUGUAGAAGAUUGCAUCGAGACAGCUGUGAGAAACACAAGUCCAGCUGCAGCCCAGGAGAAAGAAACUAAAACCGUAGAAGAAAAAGAAACAAGCGAGACUGAAGCAGCUAUAAAACAAACUGAACCAGAAGAAGUAGAGAUUCAGUCAUCCGCUAAAACAGAGAAUCCAGAGAAACAAGGUGAUAAUUCAACUGCACCAGCUAAAGAGAAAGGCCAGUGUGUAAUACUUUAACUGUUCUCAACAGGUUUAUUGUCCAGUGCCUUGCUGAUGUCUUUAGGCUAUUCAAGGUCUUAAAACUGCAGUAGAAUCAACGGAGGUAAAGUCUUAAAACUUCAUAUAUUAAAAGUACCAAAUAGCUUACAAUUUCUUUAUAAUUUGUACCCACUUGUACCUGGCUGCACUCAUACGGCAUGAAGUCAACAAUCCUGUCUGAAACAGGUGAUUACAUAAAGAAUAUUUUCCUUUGCUUACUCAGUGUGAAUGGGUGGAAGUAGUGCAUGAAUCAUAGCGUGUUUGAAGGGAGAUGUUUGGGUCACGAGUGGGAAUUAAAACGGGUGAAACUUAGUGCAUGUGUCGGUGUCGGUGUGACGUUAGUACGGAUCUUCAGCUAUAAAUAAGCCUCUCUGGCAGUUAACCUGACACCUUGUCUCAACUAGGAGUCUGUGUACCUUCUUGUAAACAGUAAAAAAAAAAAAAGUGUUUGUUGUUUAAUUCUUGAUGUUUUCCAACAUAACUACAAUUAAUGUUAAAUUAAAACAUUUAAAUAUGUGCAUCUGCUUCUAUAUUAUCCACCACAUAU